GGAGCGCGCGAGACCUCACGAGCGCCACACACUCACGGAAACCCAACCGCAGCUACUUCCGCCCACACUAAAGAUGGCGGCUCCCUUCAUGGAGAAAAUAGCCGAAUAUUUCGGUUCGCCCGAACCGGCGAUUCGAUUGAUUUUGUCUGUCUUAUUAGGUUAUCCCUUUGCACUGGUCUACCGGUGUUUUUUAUUUCAUCAGUCUGCGACAGUUGUUCAUCUCUUCCACACAUUCUCCGGCCUGGCACUGGCCACGUUUAAUUUUGGGUAUCAGGUCGGUCACUCCUUCUUAUGUGUAAUCAUUCAGUUCUUGAUGCUGAGGCUGAUGGGAAGGACAGUCACAUGCGUUCUGAGUAGCUUUAUAUUUCAGAUGAUAUAUCUGUUGAUGGGUUAUUACUACACAGCUACAGACGAGUAUGAUAUCAAAUGGACCAUGCCUCACUGUGUCCUCACACUCAAACUCAUCGGUUUAGCGCUUGAUUACUAUGACGGUGGAAAAGAACAAUCUCAGAUAAGCGCAGAACAGAAGAAGUCUGCCCUCAGCUCUACGCCGUCUCUGUUGGAGAUCUUCGGUUUCUCAUACUUCUAUGGAGGCUUUCUGGUAGGGCCUCAGUUCACACUGCGAAACUACCAGAUGCUGGUGUCUCGAGAGAUGUCCGAUGUCCCCGGACAACCACCCAAUAGUGUGGUUCCAGCAAUGAAGCGAUUCGGUUUAGGUCUGAUCACCCUAUCUAUCUUUGCGAUGGGCGGGCCGGUCUACCCAGCUAGCUACUACUUAACAGAUGAGUUUGGGGCACAUCCGUUCUGGUACAAGUGUGUGUACAUCCUAGUGUGGGUGAAAGUAAACCUGUAUAAGUACAUCAGCUGCUGGCUGAUCACGGAAGGUGUGUGUAUACUCUCCGGGCUGGGCUAUAAUGGGAAGAACGAAAAAGGGGAGCCCCAAUGGGAUGCCUGUGCCAAUGUGAGGGUGUGGCUAUUUGAGACCACGCCCCUCUUCACAGGCACCAUCAAUUCCUUCAACAUCAACACAAAUGCUUGGGUGGCCAGGCAUGUGUUUAAGAGGUUGAAGUUUUUGGGUAACAAGUUGUUGUCUCAAAUGUUCACAUUGUUAUUCCUGGCUGUCUGGCACGGCUUGCACUCGGGGUACCUCAUCUGCUUCUCCGUGGAGUUCAUCAUUGUCAAUGUGGAGAAGCAGGCUCAAACACUGGUGCGGGACAGUCCUUUGCUGACAUCCAUCGCUCAGAGUCAUCUGUAUCCACUUGUAUAUGUAGUACAGCAGUUAAUUCACUGGCUAUUUAUGGGAUACCCUCUGGUGCCAUUCUGUCUCUUCACUUAUGACAAGUGGCUCAAGGUUUACUCCUCCAUUUAUUUCUGUGGUCACAUCUUUUUCUUCGCUGCCUUUCUCGUCCUGCCAUACCUCCGCAAGGUGUUCGUGCCUCGAAAAAAAGGCAGUGAGAAAAAGGAGGAUUAAUUAAAAGGGUUUGUUUGCGGCCAUCUAAGUUUGACUGAAGUGAACUGUGACUUUUAAAGAGCACCUGAAGAGGACAAAUUUUAAGGCCUUUAGUAAUAUAUUACUAUUUACAUACAGCACUGAUGUAUGUGUACAAAUGUUAGUGCGUUUGAAAGUUUUCUCAUUCUUUCUGACUCUAAUGAAAAGGGUUAAAAGUUGCAGAAAUGCAAGCAUUUCUGAGGUUCAAUAUUCGUUAAAUAAGAUUUACUGAUGUUUGGUGGCUGAAAAUAAUUAUAUUGUAUCUGCUCAUACCAUUGCACUCAUUACUCACAAGAAAACAGGAAAUGAGACCAUUACUAAUCAGAGAACUGGCUUUUGCUGUCGCUGAGGUCAUGUGUGCACUUUUAGAGGGAAUGUAGAGCAUGUAUUUGAAAGAUGGAAACAAAUGAGACCUUUUUAAUUGUUCUUUGCUAGCAACUUCCAACUUGUGUACCUUUAGAUAGAAAAUAAGACACUGAAAUGUGAAACACACAUAAGAGUGAACAGUGACUGAACAUUCACCAUCGCCUGGCAUUAUAAAUGAAUGUUUGUCAUUUUUAUAACCAUUUGUUUUUUCUUGUGAUCAGACAACUUCUGAUGGGGGACCUUCUCUUUUUUUUUUUAGGAAGGAGGUUUAUGGUAACUGCUUUUUUUCUUUUUCUUUUUACACGCUUUCAUAAAAAGGCUCAUCAUUCUGUCAUCUCAUCCUCUCACUCCAUUUAACACUGUCUGUCCAUCCAUCUGACCUUUUCUUGUUCACUCCAUUUUAUCCAGUAAAUCUUUUUGUCCUGUGUAUGAGCACAAGCAAAACAGAAACACAUCAACACUAAACACCGGAAUCAUAUAUAUAUGAGGGUAAAUUUGUGUCAAUAUUAUUUAGAGCAGAGUAUUAUAUAUUUAAAUUAUAAGUAUUAUAAUGAGCAAUGAACUAAACUGUGCACAUCAACAACACAAAAACUGCUGUUAUUUAGAUUGAUGAAGAGUGUGUGUAUGUGUAUAGUCCUUAAAAAUGUUAUUUUGUUUCAUUGCACAGUGAAGUUAUUUUUAUACUUAUUCUUUCGUUCUCAACACUUCUCAUUAUACAUCAGGAUCUUUUUUUCUGUGUGAUCUGCUCUCAGUAAUUGCUACACAUAUUUGCCUUCAUAUCUGUUCUGUAUAUGACAUGACAUAUUGAAGAUCCUUGCCACAAAUGUGCAUCACUCUUCAGUGAGGACCGAUUUUUAAAACCUGCACCCAGAUUUAAUCCGAAGGAACAGAGGCUCACUGUAGCAACGGAAUUGUUUUAUAAUAUUUAUAUAUGUGGUUGCAAAUUUUAAUGAUGUAAAAAUUGUUUUUGGGAAACAACUACUACUGCCUUACUGCUACCAAAUGUACAAAAAAAAAAACAGAGAGAGAGAGAAAAAAAAUACUUUUAAAUGAAAACGUUUUUUGUAAUAUUCAUUAAAAAAUGCUGGAUUUUAAUAAAAUUUG